AUGCGGCUGCCUGAGCAACCUGGAGAGGGGAAGCCUGAGAAUGAGGAAAAGGGGGGCAGAGGAGCCCCCGGAGGGGGAGAGGAGCCGCCGAGGAGCCAGGCCCCCGACUUCCCCACUUGGCAAAAGAUGCCUUUCCACCAUGUGACCGCUGGCCUGUUGUACAAGGGGAAUUACCUCAACCGCUCCCUCUCUGCUGGCAGUGACAGUGAGCAGCUUGCUAAUAUCUCCGUGGAGGAGCUUGAUGAAAUCCGAGAGGCCUUUCGGGUUUUGGACCGAGACGGAAAUGGCUUCAUCUCCAAGCAGGAGCUGGGAAUGGCCAUGCGCUCUCUGGGGUACAUGCCGAGUGAAGUGGAGCUGGCCAUCAUCAUGCAGCGCCUGGACAUGGACGGGGAUGGCCAGGUGGAUUUUGAUGAAUUCAUGACAAUUCUUGGCCCUAAACUGGUGUCUUCAGAAGGCCGUGAUGGUUUUCUUGGAAACACAAUAGAUAGCAUAUUCUGGCAGUUCGACAUGCAAAGGAUAACUCUGGAAGAGUUGAAGCACAUCCUCUAUCACGCCUUCCGGGACCACUUAACAAUGAAGGACAUUGAGAACAUCAUCAUCAACGAGGAGGAGAGCCUGAACGACACCUCGGGGAACUGCCAGACAGAGUUUGAAGGCGUGCAUUCCCAGAAACAGAACAGACAGACCUGCGUCCGGAAGAGCCUCAUCUGCGCCUUCGCCAUGGCCUUCAUCAUAAGCGUCAUGCUGAUUGCGGCCAACCAGAUCCUGCGGAGCGGCAUGGAGUAGCAGCCUCCAGCCACCACACUGCUGCGGCCCCGCUCCCUGCGCAUGCGCAUGCCCUGCGGGCAGACUCUGUUCCUCCUCAAAAGCAGAUUUGGACGCAGUGGCACAGUUCAGUGAAGAACCCAAGGUUGCAGGGCAACAGGUGUUGCAAGGCCACUUCAUCUCCUUGGCAGGGACACAAAAGGGCUGUCUCAAAUGCUUUAAUGGUUUUGUUUCCCAAUGCAAUAAAUAGCCAGGAGUUCCGAAUGAUUGCUUCAACCACUUGCAGGAACUCUGAAGAUAAACUACAUUUUCAUCGCGGAAUUCCAGUGGCCAUCCAGGCCGAUGGAGUGAGAGAGCGAGAGAGGCGUGAACACGCAGUCACCUCCACACCCCAUUCUUUCAACCCAUUGGGCAACUGGACACCCCUACGGGUAACCCAAGGGGCUGACUUUGGGGUUGCUGCAGAAAAGGGGCUCUCCUUCUGACCCUGGCUUCUUCCUCCACCUAGCGGAGCCCCGCAAGGCAUGAGGGGAAAGCCACCGGAUGGGGUGCAGG